AUGUGUAAAUCUCGCUUCUUGUUGGCAACCAGUGCCUUAUAUGUCGCAGUGGGCAAUUGCUCCAGCCAACCCUUGACUAUUCCACUACCGCCAAAGAACAGUGAAGCAAUCCCCAAUGACUUGCAAUCAUUCUCUUUGGAAUUUGCAUUCUUCCCUGAUUAUGCUGGAAACAAGUCCUCCCCAAACCAGUUCUCUCGAAAUUUGAUGGAAAAUUUCAAAAAUAUUACUGGUGUAUACCCUAAAGUGAGAGUUGGGGGAACGUCGCAGGACAAUUCUAUCUACUACCCUGACCAAAAUGAUAGUAUCGAGCUUGUCUUCACGAACCCGACCGACGACCAACCUAGCCAGAUCAAUUAUGGCCCGGGUUUCUUCGAAUCGUACCAAGCUUUGGGUGACAUGCAAUACAUUCACGGCUUGAACAUGAAGCAAAACAGCUCUAUUCAGCAACUCACAAAUGCAGCCGUGGAAGCGUGCCGCUCAAUGGGCACCAAUUUGGAUUCAUUCGAACUGGGUAACGAGAUCAACAUGGAGGCUCCAGAGUAUCGACCAGCGAAUUAUACCCUUCAGAGUUAUUCCAAUGAAUGGAACUACAAGACCGCGGCGAUUAAAACUGCCUACGAAAAGGCGUGCCCAGGCGCUUUCCCUGGAUUUAUGGCACCUAGCUUUGUCUUUUCGGACAUAGUGAAGAACAAUUGGACCGCUGAAGAACUCUUCCAGCUUGGUUAUGACUCUAAGAAUUUGACUAAGGACCUGUCGUUCCAUAAUUAUAUGGGGGCCUUCGUUCCUCCCCUGGCUCCAGUCUCUUAUGACCUUCAACAUGUUCUUAUGAACCACACAAAUAUUGUGCAAAACCUGGCAGCUCAAAUCCAGCGUGCAAAGAACCUUGCUUAUCUGGGUCAUCCAUUCACACUUGGAGAGCUCAAUUCAAUCGCAAAUCAAGGUCGUAACGGCGAAACCAAUGUUUUCGGUGAUGCUUUGUGGCUCGUUGACUUUUCCCUUUGGUGUGCCGCUCACAACAUCAAGCGCCUUCAUUUCCACCAAGGCCUCAACUACCGAUAUGCCUCGUGGCAACCAAUUGCCAGCGAGGGGAACCCCCCGAAGACAAGACCACCAUACUAUGGCCAGAUCAUGGUCGCAUCUGCGAUUGGCGACGCUAAAGAUGCCCGUAUUGUGAAUAUUCCAUUGGCGGAGGAUACGGAGGCAGCAUACGGAAUUUAUCAGGGAGAAGGGCUGAGCAAGCUCGUGGUUCUGAAUCUCCAAGCCUACAACCAGACUGCGUCUAGAAGCCGACCCAGCCGGGAGUACGAGUUCAAAGUUCCGAACCACGUCAAGAAAGCCAAAAUUGAGCGCCUUUCUGCACCUGGAAGUGAUUCUGUGGAGAGCGUUACCUUUGGAGGGGUCUCGUUUGAUUACGACCUCUUGGAAGGAAGGCCAGUGGUUGUUGAGGAGAAGGAGGAUGUCGCGACCAUCGGCCGCGGAGUGCUUCGAAUCAGCGUGGCGGACUCCUCAGCUGUUCUAUUGACGCUCUCUUGA